AAAAGUGCGGAACUCGCUGUCUGUUGAACAAUGUCCACAAGGGCUCCGAAUUUGACGUGAGAGGAUCCAAGUAAGAGACAAUGAUCAUAACCUGCAUGAACGAGUUGUUUUAGCUCUGUGAUCGAAACUCAUUGUGCAGAGUGACCAGAACUUCAUCCCAAUUCAGCCCUGUAGUUAUGAGGCUGCACCAAUUCCUUGGAGUUUGGUCUGGUGAUCACGUUUCCAAGGUUCCAGAGUGACUGAUGUCUUCAUCCUAGUGUUCCAGAGGCCACUUUUGCUUUAAAUUUGCUUUAAAUUUUCUUCCAACGUGAUAUUUCAAAGCCCGGAAAUUUACGGAAAGUUUGAAUAUUGUGUUCAUGUCCAAACCGUCCAGAAGUUUUUUUUUAUCUCAUGUCUUACGGUUUGUGGAUGUGACAGACUUCUUGUUUAGUUUUAAGAUCUGCUGUUUACUGCAGGGCCCUUCUGAUCCGUUCCAGGGAAGAAAGAAUGGCAAGCAGUAUUCUGAUUCCCUCGUUGCGCCCUCUUGCUAUCAAAUCUCGAUGCUUUGCGUCGUCGACUGCUGUAGUUCCACGGUUAUCUGAAGAAGCUGUAAAGCAGUUCGAGGAGGAUGGUGCCACUGUAGUACGUCAGUUUUUCUCCCCUGAAUGGGUUGAGCAUCUUAGAGAAGCAGCAGAACUGAAUAUGAAAAAUCCAGGCCCACUAUGUGAUGAACAUGUGAAACCCGGGCAGCCAGGCCGAUUUCAUGACGAUCAGUUUCUGUGGAUAAGAUCAGAGGCUAUGAAAAGAUUUAUAUUCGAGUCGCCUGCAGGAGAGCUUGCUAAGCAGCUGAGUAGAGCAAAACAGGUGCGUCUAUUUUAUGACCAGCUGUUUGUCAAAGAGCCAGGUACUGAGACAGCGACUCCAUGGCACAAUGAUCAUUCAUACUGGCCAUUGAAGGGAAACCAGGUCAUCUCCUUGUGGCUUGCCUUGGAUCACGUUCCAAAGUCUUGCUGUAUCGAGUACGUGAAGGGCUCCCAUAAGUGGGAGCUUUUGCACAAGUUGACAUCAUUCUCCGGUGACCAGGAUAGAUACAAGGCUGCGAAUGUGACUUCUGUGGCGGAAAUUCCAGAUAUUGACAGCAUGCGUGAUCAGGUGGAACUAUUAUCUUGGGAUCUCGAACCUGGAGAUUGUCUCGUGCAUCACAGUUUCGCCGUACAUGGUGCACCAGGCAUAUCAUCAUCGGGUAAUCGCCGCCGAGCAUAUGCAACACGCUGGGCUGGAGACGAUGUACGAUAUGACCCACGUCCAGGAACUAUGGAAUUUAUGUGGAAAGAAAAAGCUGGUGUGGACGCCAAAUUACCUCCUGGGUCUCCACUGGAGUCACCAUUGUUUCCGACAGUGGUCUAAGGAAGUCAAUAUCUGUUCGGGUUGACACGGCCCGUUGACUUCAGCGGAGCGUAGAGGUAUUUCAUGUGAUGAAAACAACUUGUUUUCGAUCCAAAAGAUGUAAUAUGGCAUCAUGCACUCUCCUGGUGAGUGUUGUGGUUCUCAUACAAACUGUUGUGCAUAUGUAUAGGUUUAUUAUGUCCAGAAAUAGUACUUGCAAUGGCAUAGGAUGCCCUCGUGAGGUAGUGUUUGUAAAGAGUUCGUCCGUAACAUAUUGUACUUUAACAUGGAGUACCUUACACCUUGUGCAAGGUUCAGUCCCUUCUCUUAUAUGCCACUUUUUAGUCUAUAGGACGGAUUCCAUGUAUGUUUGUUUUCACAACUACAAGGUUAUAUACAUACGAACUAAGUCUUCGUACUCACCACUGGUUAAAAGCUCUGGACCCAUGAUAAU